CUCCCUUUCGCUGUCUGGCCGGCCGUCUCUCGCUCUCUCUUUCUCUCUCUCUCUCUCUCUCCACACUAAACAAAAGAGGGAGAAAGAAAAGCUCACACCACCCAACACCAUAUAGUUACUCCCCCUCCCCCAUCCCCUUGAGCUAGCAGCAGCUAGCCACCACCGCAAAUCCAAGAACCCGCCGCAUCCGCCGCCGCCGACGAGCAGCAGCAGCAGCAGCUGUAGCGGACCGCAGAGCAGCAGGGAGGCCCUCCGCCAUGGGUGCGCCGGCGUACGGCGCCGUGCUCCUCUUAGCCCUCGCGCUGGCCGUGGCCGCCGCCGAGACGGCCCGGCCGGAGCAACCCACAUUGCCCGCCGCCGGCGGUGGCGCCGGCGGUGGCGACGGGGCGGUGACCGCGUCCGUCGUCAACGCGUCCGGGGCGGGGGUGAACUCCAACUCGGUGCUGGUGGCGCUGCUGGACUCGCACUACACGGAGCUGGCGGAGCUGGUGGAGAAGGCGCUGCUGCUGCAGACGCUGGAGGACGCCGUGGGGCGGCACAACGUCACCAUCUUCGCGCCCCGGAACGAGGCGCUGGAGCGGGACCUCGACCCGGAGUUCAAGCGCUUCCUGCUGGAGCCCCGCAACCUGAGGUCGCUCCAGACGCUGCUGCUCUUCCACGUCCUCCCCGCGCGCCACCCGGCGGGGUCGUGGCCGGCCGCGUCCCACCCCACCCUCUCCGGCGAGGACGUCGAGCUCGCCGCCGGGGCCAACGGGUCCAUGCGCGUCGCCCACGCCGCCGUCACCCGCCCCGACGCCGUGCUCCGGCCCGACGGCGUCAUCCACGGCAUCGAGCGCCUCCUCGUCCCCCGCUCCGUGCAGGAGGACUUCAACCGCCGCCGCAGCCUCGCCGCGAUCUCGGCCGUGCUCCCCACCGGCGCGCCCGAGGUCGACCCCAGGACGCACCGGCUCAAGAAGCCCGCCCCGCCCGUGCUCCCCGGCGCGCCCCCCGUGCUCCCCGUGUGGGACGCCAUGGCCCCCGGCCCGUCCAUCGCCCCCGCGCCCGCGCCCGGCCCGGGCAACGGGAAGCACCACUUCGACGGGCACAGCCAGGUCAAGGACUUCAUCCAGACCCUGGUCCUCUACGGCGGGUACAACGAGCUGGCCGACAUCCUGGUGAACCUCACCUCGCUGGCCACCGAGAUGGGGCGGCUGGUGUCGGAGGGGUACGUGCUGACCGUGCUGGCGCCCAACGACGAGGCCAUGGCGCGGCUGACCACGGACCAGCUGAGCGAGCCCGGGUCGCCGGAGAACAUCCUCUACUACCACAUGAUCCCGGAGUACCAGACGGAGGAGAGCAUGUACAACGCCGUCCGCCGGUUCGGCAAGGUGCGGUACGACACGCUGCGGCUGCCGCACAAGGUGGUGGCGAGGGAGGCCGACGGCUCCGUCAAGUUCGGCCAGGGCGAGGGCUCCGCCUACCUCUUCGACCCGGACAUCUACACGGACGGCAGGAUCUCGGUGCAGGGCAUCGACGCCGUGCUGCUCCCGGAGGACGACAAGAAGCCGGCCACGCCGGUCUCCACCCCGGAGAGGAAGGCGCCCGCCGUCACCGGCUCCAGGAAGAGCAAGCUCCGGCGAGGCAAGCUGUUGGAGGCAACGUGCAGAAUGGCUGGCGUCUUGGGUCAGCGAUCGCGAUUAGCGAGCUGCCAGUAGAAGAAGGAAGGAUGGAGGAAGAUUUGAUCUCAUGAUUGGUUGACACCGAAACACGGCCCGGAACGAGGUGACGGCGGGGCUGUGCUCUACACUUGCCUGAAGCCAGCCGUCCAUGAUAUUGUUUGCUGUUCUGUUCUUUUUUUGUUUAUUACUAUUAUACUACUGUGGAAUAAUGGCGGGGAAUGUAAAACUGGUGGUUGUUGGUGUGUCCAAGGAAGAAGAAGAAAUUGUUUAUACUCGAA